AAUCAAACAAGAAAAUCAAUUAUUACGCCAUCGUUUGGGUUUUGGGUGAUAAGAAAGCCAUUCCUUUCCGGAAAUAAUAAGAUAAGUUGCAUUCGAUAAUACAAUUUGGAUUUUGGCCUUCAUUGUUUAAUCUUAACAGUAUAACCUUGACAGUCACAUCAGAAAAUUUAAAUCAAAGCAAACGAUUAUCCAAGAUCGAGCGUUUCAGAAAUAAUAGAUCCUACUAUCAUGGAAACAAAUCAAGUAAAACUUCUUAAGUCUAUCUUUUUGGCUGUGGCGCGCUGCAUGAUCGUGUCCAAUUUUGUGGCGGAUGGAAUGGACUGCAUCAAGAACUGUCGCUUCAAGGCGAUGGAGCUGAAUUUGACCUGGAACUGUGGAAUUGAUCUCGCCGAACUCUACCUUCUCCUACUCGGAAUGGUUCAGUUAAUAGCCUCCAUUUUGGUUGUGGCCAAAAAAGAGAAGGUCUUGGCUACCGGAAUGCUUUGGAUGGCGGCCCAUUUGCGCCUCGCCACUAAUCCGCUGCCACGGAGCUUUCUGAUGUACCUUGAAGUGCUGGGAGCGAUCGCUGCUCUCUUUGUAGCCAUGCUUGAUUCGUGCUGUGAGGUAGUGAUCGCUUUCCUGGCGGUCACUUACUUGAAUUGCCAUGAUUUUGACUGCCCGCUGUGGCAUCUGGUCUACAAGUACAUAAUAAAACUACUGGUGACGUUGGUAUUGGUCGGAUAUAGGCUUAAGAUAUCUGCUACCCUGCUAAUCCUGAUCAUAACCAUCCACUGCUGGGAUGCUUACGCCUUUUGGCGCGAGCCCUUCGCUCAGGAGAACUUUGAAAUUCGCGACCGGAAGCUUUUCCACUUUUGGAACAAGGUCACGGUCAUGGGAGGCCUAUUGAUCUCCUUCCUACGUAGCCAAUAUCGCUUUGACAUUUUCUAA